AUGCGGACUGGGAACUCUUCACCAUCUUGUUCGUCCUUUUGUGAUCUAAGUAGCCGGGAACUCAAUGGGCUUCGAGGUUGGUUAUCUUCUUCUACGCUGUCACGAUCUGCCUAAUAUUUGAUGUUUUUUUUCGUUCUCCUUUGGGGGCUUACUCGUCGUAAUUUUGUUUCUCCUCCCUCCUCGUUGGGUAGGUCCGACGAGGUCAUGGCUGACAGGUCUAUCGACGGAAUCCAAUGUCGUGGCACUCGAACACGAUGGUGAUGCCGCGCUUCCCCUCGCUCUUUCCUUCUGCGAGGUCUGUCCUUUUACAUGUUUCUAGAUUUGUUUGAAUUUUCGGUUAAUCUGCUUUUGUUCCCCUGUCAUCGUCUAAAUAUGGUUUGAUUUCUGUUGUCGGAACCCGCAGACGAUCAGGAGUUCUCAUCUUCUUGCGGCAUCCGACGAGGAUGGAUAUGUGAGCUUAUAUGACACGCGGCGGUUCCCGCUAUCUUUUGCGCCUAUCCGGAAGAGAAAAGGUAUAUAGAUAGUUAUCAUGUAUUUUACCCUAAUGACAGUCCUGGCUCCAAUCUUUGGAAGAAAUUGUUUGAUUUGACAGACUUUUUGGUGCCUUUCAGCAGGGGCCAAACUCCGCGAGUGGAUAGCGCACAAGAAUGCCGUAUUUGAUGUAUGCUGGCUGAAGGUGAUGACUCCUUCCACCCGCAUUUGUCCUGCUACAUUGACACUAAAAUUGCGAGAAAAUGGGGUCAUGGAUCAAGUCCUAAAAUACUUGAGAUUUCUUGCGCAUUGGAGUAAAUGCUGGAUGUCUUGAAAGCCGAAGCGUAUCUAUUAUGUGUGCCCGUGUUCGUUGGUUUCCAAGAGAGGGGAAAAUAAUCUUGCAAUGUUUUACAGUGACUCGAUAUCCUUCGAAAAUUUUCAGAGAGGCAUUGAGUACUGACUGAAAUACUUAAAAUCCACACAGCGGAGAGAUUGACAUAUUUUUUCAGAUAUGCCCUGUAGCUAAAAAGAGAAGUCCCGUCUUACUAGAACCAGUCUUGCUUACAGUCCAUCGAUUGACUGAGAAAUUCGUACAUGUUAAGAAUGUUUGAACUCAAUAAUCUGACACCAUUGUUUUCGGUCAUGUUUCUGUUUUACAGGGUGAGAUGCACAUUCUGACCGCUUCGGGUGACCAAACUGUAAGAUUACUGCCCUUUGGAAUUUAUUCAUAAUUUUUGUUGGAAAAACCCCACAAAUUUGUUUUCGAAAGUUCCGCCAAUGAUGUUUGCGUGUAAUGAAUAACAAGUCCUCAUAGAAUGCAACUUCAAAAUGCCUACAACACUAAUAUUUGGGGUCCUGUAGUAAUUUGGGGAAUUUGCAUAAAAGUAUUCUGUCGUACUGGGUGGAAGCCCUAUGAGUUUAUGGCUCCGAACCCCGUUAAUUAUUCUGCCUGUUUUGACCAGAUAAAAGCAUGGAAUGUUGAGACCACAAAAUGCGUUGGCAUCAUGAAAGGGCAUUCUGGCAGUGUAAAAUCAGUUAGCUCUCACCCAUCUCACCCUGGUAAUUAAUCCAUUGCACAAUGCAUCGUCUAAUGAAUUUGUAGUAUUUUUUUCUGAUUACAAAGAUAUGGUUUAAGGUUUUGUUUUAUCUCUGGAACAGAAUGUUUUGUUUCUGGAUCAAGGGAUGGAUCUUUCGCGCUUUGGGAUUUGAGACAGAAUUCUAUUUCCCUAAACACUGACGGGGAGACAUGGCUCUCGUAUGUUUCUUAAUUUAUGUUAACGAUUUAUCGUUUUAUCUGUCUGAAAUUCUAAGCAAAGAUAUGGUUUAUUAUGUCCAUCCAACAGUGUUCAUAGUCUUCGUGUUGACGUUAAUUAAUUUGCAAUUUUCAGAUCAAUUGCUGAAGUCAAGGGUGCACAUUUCGCAUCUAAAGUGAGGAGGAGCAGGGGUGGAAAGGUAUUUUUCUGAACGAUUUUUGAUGGCUGUUGGAAAUUGACUGUCUGGUGUGCUCUAACUAAGUUUCCUCUCUUUCAGGGUGCAUCUACGAGCAUCACAUCUGUUUUAUAUCUGAAAGAUGACGUAUCUAUUGCCACUGCUGGAGCAGUCGACAGGUGAGAGAGAAUUCCCUCACCGAUUUCUUUUCAUUUCUUUGAAAGAUUCGAUUUUCGUUUCUGAUCCUUCCUUCUGGGAGCUAAGUAUCUCGUGGGUCUACGACUGUACCUGAUUCAUCUUAGACCUAUUGAUUUAAGUUCUUUUUUCGCCUUGCGCAUUGUAUCGCUUUUAUUUUCAUUACUUUACUUUUCGGUUUGUUUGCCUCAGCGUAGUGAAAUUCUGGGAUACCCGCAGCCUGAAAUCCCCUCUCACACAGGGAUGCCCCAACUUGGAACCGUCAAAAGGAAAGGUUAGUCACUGCUUACGAACCGAUGAUGUACAGACAAAUAGUACGUAAAAAGACGUGCUGCACUUUACAUUAUCUGAAGGAUUUAUGAUCAGUUUCAGUGAUUAUUUUCUUUAAAUGCAUUCUGGCUAGUCAGUUAUUCCAUUCACUCUUUGUGAAGGCAAGGGGUCUACAUGGAAUUUCUUGUCUAUCUCAAGACUCCAAUGGUGUGCACCUUGCAGCUUCCUGUAUGGACAACAGGUAGUCUUCUAAAUCUUGUAGUCAUCAUGUGCUGUGCUUGUCUAAUUCUCCUUGCAAUCUUGGCAGUAUUUACCUGUAUGAUGUGCUUCAUCUUGAAAAGGGUCCCCAGAAAGCUUUCACUGGUUGCAAGAUAGACUCAUUUUACAUCAAGGUAAGCUCUAAUAUUGUAUUUAAAUAAAUAAAUAAAUACAUAAAAGUGCUCGUCUCCUUUCCUUACGCCUUCAUACGCAUUUUGCCUGCGAUUUCAGUCACGUAUCAGUCCAGACGCUGCUCAUAUCCUCAGUGGUUCUAGUGACGGGAAUGCAUACAUAUGGCAGGUCAUUAUCAAACAAACUAGUCUGGUGGUUCGAUUUCCUUCGCGUUUCUUUGGCAUUUCAUUUCUAGAUUUUUUUUUCUUUCGUUGACACCAGAUUCAAAGGCCCGAAUCAAAUCCAUUCAAGUUUGCUGGCCAUGAAGGUGAAGUCACGGCAGUUGACUGGUACGCCCUUUGACCUUGCGACUGUCGGAGAGUAUGCGAACCCAUCUCUUAAGAUCCUCACCCAGAAUCAUCUUGAUCCAACAGGUGCCCCUCAGGGGUCGGAAAGUUCACAACUUCCUCGGACGACCAGACGGUAAAUGAUGAUACUAACCUUAUGAGAAGGCAUUUCGAAUUUCAUUUAAUAUAUAAAGAAAACUUUCGAUUUAUAUGUGCAGGUCCGCGUCUGGGAGCUGAAGGCUGACGGCCACCAAAGUGGAAGCCCUGCCACAGCCACGCGAAAGAGAGUGACCGCUUUUCCUUACGCAGAGCGCAGAAAGCUGGUCCUGGCCGACGACCCAUCAGAUUCCACAGAAUCAACAGCCGACACCCGCUCUCCAAUUCUCUCAGGGGUAGAUGGCUUCUCUACGCCUGAACCAGGGAAGAAGAGAAGAUCAGAUCUCUGCCAGAGUGAAACGGCCGACGAGCAUAAAACUCCAGAGGCUCCAUCAAACAGCCCUGCCUCCGUCCUCAACCCACCUUCUUCCUCCAAAAAAACCAUCAGGGACUACUUCCUCUCCACCUCCUCACUAUGGGAGUCAAACAUAAACUCAGAUUCAUAA